GGUGCCUCUCUACACAAAUCAGUUGUCUACCCUUAUAAUCUUUAGGACUCACCAUAAAUCAUGGCAUUUUCAUAGUUAAGGUCCUUUAAACCAAACAAGUAUCUUAUUAGGUGAAGUGUUUCUUAAAUUCAUUGUUCACUCCAGGAAGAUACGAAAAACAUGGGUUUUCUCAGAUACGGGGUCUCCCGCUAGCCUUCCCUCGGGGGCGACUAGAACCCUUCCAACAAAUUUUGCCUUAACCAAUUAGAAGCGAUGACUGUUGCCCUCACUUUUCCAUCCAAACUACCAUCAACGAAUCCGAUGGUCUCGUGCAUUAGACACACCCAUCAAUAGCUUUCCUCCGCCACAACAUCAUCACCGAAAUUCAUUGGUUUAUCAUCCUUGGGUUAGUAAACAUCUCUUGACUAGUUUUCUGUUCAUUGAUCAGUCGUAAGUCUAACUUAUAUCUACACGUACUGCGCAUAACUGUCUAUAUAUACGAAGUUGUAGAAAUAGAGUGAAUAUUUUAAUUUCUUAACUAAGUUUUAUCCAAAAGUUCAACCACUUCCGUUCAGUUUUCCGGUCAGGCUUAUUUAAAAUGGCGUUAUUGACGCUAUACUGGGUUCUGGGUGGCAUCCCCAUCUUUACGUCCUUGGUGGUUGUCGCUUAUUUGUUCGUGAUUCGGAGAUACAAUUACUGGUCUAAACGAGGAAUCAUACAACUUGAUCCUACGCCCUUCGUAGGCAAUUUCAUGGACUGCUUACUGGCAAAAAAAUCAGGCGCGCAAUUUCUCAGUGAUGCGUACAAUUAUGGCAAAGAUUCACCUUUGUUGGGUUUCUACAUCUUCCACAAACCUUGCCUGUUAGUUCGCGAUCCAGAACUCGCGAAGCACAUUCUAGUAAAGGACUUCGAGUAUUUCGCUGACAGGUACGCGACUGCAGAUGAGAAAAAUGAUCGUCUUGGAUACGCAAAUAUGAUACUGAUGAAGAAUCCAGGAUGGAAAGCUCUCAGACCAAAAUUGACGCCGCUUUUUACCCCGGGAAAGCUAAAGAAAAUGUUUGUGUUAAUGGCGAUGGUCGCUGACGACCUUGGAAAGCAUCUCGAUUCGUUCCAUUUGGAAGGCGAUGGAAAAGCAAUGGAGUUCAAGAAUAUUUGCGCAAGUUUCGCUACCGAUAUUAUCGGUGGCAUUGCGUUUGGCUUAAAACUAAGUUCGUUGGAGAAUCCAAAAACACCGUUCCGUGAAUGUGGCAGGAGGAUCUUUGAUGCUACUUUCCAACGUAACAUGGAGUUCCUUACCAUAACCUUCAUGCCUCAGUUAUCCAAGUACCUCAAACCGAAAUUCUUUGGAAAAAAAGCCAAUAACUUCCUCCGAUCUGUUUUCUGGGAUGUGAUCGAACAGCGUCUCAGUUCCGGUGAAAAGAGAAAUGACCUCAUCGAUGUGUUGGCAGAGAUCAGAGAGACAUACAAGAACGACGAAAGGUUGAAGGAUUACAAAUUCGAUGGUGACGAUUUAAUGGCACAAGCGUCCAUAUUUUUUGCUGCUGGUUUUGAAACAUCUGCUGCUACCAUGUCUUUCACACUGUACGAACUUGCAAUGAACCCAGAUGUACAGAACACACUUAGGGCAGAGAUUCAGGAUGCUCUAGAGAGAACUGAUGGUGAAAUCACAUACGAUAUGAUUACGACGUUACCAUAUCUCGAUAUGGUAAUUUCUGAAACUCUUCGUAAAUAUCCAUCUGUACCAAACUUGAAUCGAGUUACCCUUGCCGAUUACAAAGUACCUAAUGCCAAUCUGGUGAUAGAGAAAGGCACUCCGAUAUUCAUUUCGAUAAUGGCUUUGCACUACGAUUCGCGGUACUUCCCGAAUCCGGAAAAAUACGAUCCACUCCGAUUUACCGAGGAAGCCAAAAGUACCAGACCAAGUUUAGCCUACUUGCCCUUUGGUGCGGGACCCCGCAUCUGCCUUGGUAUGCGAUUGGGACUCAUGCAAUCCAAACUUGGAAUCGUACAGAUAUUGAAGGACUACGAAGUUUCACCUUGUGAAAAAACCAAAAUUCCAAUAGUUCUAGAUCCCAAUGCAGUAAUCUCGACAGCUUUAGGAGGAGUACAUCUCAACAUUCGAAAGACUUCCACUGUUACUGUUUAGACGAAGCUAAAGUUUCGCGAAUCGCGUUAUGCACUGCAAUUUUCUGCUUUGUUUGUGAUAACUUAGAUAUAUUUUACUUCUAGAUAGACGAGGUUCGCGAAAUAUAAUCGUCAUCUCUUUGUCGGGAGAAAUGAAUCUUUAGAUAAUAAGUAUAUUUUAAAAUUGUAAUCGUAAAUGUCCAAAAAUUGCGAUUUUAUUUAUCUGAUAAUAAUGAUACUUAUUUAGUAUUAGUUUUAAAGUAAGUGUAAUAUUAAAUAAUACGUAAUCUUAUAUAAUGACUUUAUUUAGUUGAUGGAUUUAUUUGCAGUGAUUGAAACAGGAAAAUGAUGAUUAUUCAA